AGAUACUUGUUCUAUUUCCGGGUUGGUAGAGACCGUAGGACCGGAAACCUGAGGGAGCAGCGGAGAGAGGGUUUCGAGUUGGCUCCCCCUCCCCCCUCCCAGGGGCUGGCAUAAAGAAUCCAGAAGGAAUAGUAGGUACCAGAAGGAUGCCCAUCCCACCACCACCUCCGCCACCGCCGGGUCCUCCCCCACCUCCUACCUUCUCACAGGCCAACACAGAGCCCCCUAAACUGAGCCGUGAUGAGCAGAAAGGUCGGGGGGCUUUGCUCAAUGACAUCUGCAAAGGAGCGAGGCUGAAGAAGGUAGCCGCGGUGAAUGACAGGAGCGCGCCGGUUCUGGAAAGUAAGCAGAUACAGUCUAAAGGUGGAGGGGGAGGAAGUGCCGGAUAUGGGUCCAGCGCUGGAGGGGCUUUACAGCCAAAGGGAGGUCUCUUCCAGGGGGGAGUCCCUAAACUGCGACCAGUGGGGACAAAAGAUAACUCAGAGAGCCCAUCAGGACGCUCUCCACAGGUGCCCUCAACCAGAUCUCAGGCUCCUCGUCCGCCAGUCUCUGUGGGACGUCACCAGGAUGACUCCGAGAGCAGCAGCAACCGUUCCUCUCCUCCAGAAAUGGCACGAGCACAUCGGCCAUCCUUGCCUGAUCUCACACGGCCACCCAAUUCUACAAGUCCUGGCAUGAAGCACAGUUCAUCUGCGCCUCCCCCACCUGGCCGCCGGGUUGUGGGGGCUCCUCCCACCCCAUCUUCGUCUUCCUCCUCCUCCUCCUCCUCUCAGACAAGUAAACCCUACAACAGGGGGAAGCCGCUACCUCCUACUCCAGUGCACCGCGCACCCGCUGCUCCUCCAGUAAAGCCUCCACCCUCUCCUGUUAACGUACGGACCACUACCUCCCAGCCCCCUCCCCCUCCUCCAUACAGACAACCUCCUGCCUCCCUCAAUGGACCACCGAGUCCCAUCAAUGAUUUGGCACCAGAACUGCCGCAGAGGCACAACUCACUCCAUCGCAAGACUGUUACCCCUGUGCGUGGACUGGCACCGCCGCCACCACCUUCUGCCAAUCUGUCACCAGGAGGUAACAGACCACCUCCCCCAGCCAGAGACCCCCCGGGGAGAGGGGCAGCCCCCCCACCACCCGUGGUUCGGAAUGGAGGCAGAGAUGCCCCACCGCCUCCGCCUCCUCCGUACAGAAUGCAUGGGGUAAAUGAGACCAGCCAAAAUCGGGCCAAGCCUCCUCCACCGCCAUCCAGGACACCCUCUGGUCCUCCCCCACCUCCACCCCCUGUCAGGAAUGGCCACCGUGAAUCUGUGUCCAUCGGGAGGUCGUUUGCAGACGAUUUUGAAUCAAAAUAUUCUUUCCAUGCGAUGGAUGAGUUUCCUGCCCCUGAGGACUACAGACCCUUCCAGAAAAUCUACCCAAGCAAAUCCAUCAGAGCUACACGUGGAGCUCCUCCGCUGCCUCCUAUUCCAAGGUGAAUAUCGCCCAGACUCUACGCUAGUCUCUCCCAGUCCUUCAUUCUUUACCGACAUCAUUCCAGCUGGGGGAUCCUCCUGCAUGAAGACCCUUGUCAUGGGAACAAAAGGAACUGGGAUACCCACCUCUUGCCUGUCUAUGCAUUCCACAAAUACCCCUGUCUCCCAUAGAGAAGGCACCACUUCUUAUAUGUUGGGGGAAAUGGUUUGGCUAGAACUCCCAGGUCUAACGGACAUUUAUGGCCCAUGAAAGCUUGUGAAUCCAAUAGCUAGAAUGCGUACCUACUCCAUGUCCCUAUUCUUCUACCGUGUCUAUGUACGAUUUGAUGGACUCUUAAUUCAGGUAAUGCCAGGGAAGCCGGUUUAAUACAUUCAUCACGUGAUCUUUCACAAAUAUUGGAACAAACCUACAGGGCAAAACAAGAAUGACUGAGGAGACAAAAUACUUUAGGUUUUUCUUGUGUACACUAGAGGGGACGUCUGUGACAUUUUGCUCUCCAGUCUGUAGACCAGGUCCGCUGUACGCACUUUUCCGACUCUUACCCACGGAUAAGGGGCAAACGUGUUCUGUUUCACGGUUGGGGUAGGGGCAGGACUUGAACUUUAAGACUUCUUGGCAUCACUGAACGGGUUGAAGCACAGGUGGAUAGUCUCCAAACCUACGGUGAGGAUGGCAUUUGCAUGUCUUGGGCUAUAACUUCCAUAUGUUGGAUGAAGAUGUGGUGUAAGUCAUUUCUGUGAAGGUUGAUUGGAAUUUUGUGUAUUAAUUAUGGUGAUGGGAACCACUGGUUCUGUAUUGUCUAUGCAGAAGACAUGAAAAACAGGAGGCUCAGUAAAGGGAAGUGGGGUUGUUUUUUUUGUUCUUUUUUAUUGUCACCCAGAUUAUUUGUUUUUGCUUCCUUCCUUUUCAGCCAUAGUUUGCUCCUCACACUGCGGCACUUUUAUAUUCUGUUGACCCUAAAUCUCGUCUUCUAGUCCUGUAAGUGCCUCUCAGUCCUUCAUUUCUAUAAUCGUCGAUGUUCUAAGUUAUGGACUUCUUUGACACUAACAGCCGAAAUGUAUCAUGCUUUGAUAUGCAACGGCCUACGUGCGGCUUUUGGAACGACCGUGCUGCAGCAUAUAGAUCACCGCAGACACUGAAGCAAGGUCUGGAUAACGGUUAAAGGAAUAUUCUUUGAUAGAGAGACUUAAAUCACAAAUCAGCUGCCCAGCUGUCAAACUUGAUCCUUUUGGCUGAAGUAUAUUUUCAAAGUUAUAUUAAUAACCCUGUUAGAACUUGUCAGUACUAUGAAAGGACGUAUUUUUGAUUGUAGCUUCUAAAGAUUGCUUCCUCUAAA